AUGACCUCUCCCACCGACAAAGGAGACCCUUGGCGCUCGUGUAUCCUACGUCCAAUGGACGAGCCUAUAACCGGUAAGCCGCCUCUUUCGUGUUUUAAUAAUCAACCUGUAUUGAUGCUGGAGUGUCUGAGGGGCCCAUGGAAAGACGUGGGUCAAUACAGCCUAGUUUCAGCUGAGUCGCAGAUGUUGCCAAAAUCGACCAAUAUGGGGGUCACAAUAGGGACUCCGGCUCCUAUUUUUUUCAGGGUUACCGAUUUCAAAAUACCAGGAGAGACGUAUUGGAGUGCCGUCUGCGAUGAGAGUAUUGGCAAUAUGAGACUAAGAUGUUUAACAAAUAUGCUGAGUAAACACGUAGAGAUUUGA